GCCUGUGCCAACAGCACUAGCCCAAGUGGAUCGAGAGAAAAUUUAUCAGUGGAUUAACGAGCUGUCAAGCCCAGAUACCCGUGAGAAUGCCUUAUUGGAGCUUAGCAAAAAGCGUGAAUCUGUUCCAGACCUUGCACCAAUGCUAUGGCACUCCUUUGGCACGAUUGCUGCACUUCUACAGGUUUGUAAUAAUAACAACUAGAAAAGCUACAAUUUCUGGGGAAAUUGUGUGAAGUGUUCUUGCCUCCACCAGUAGUCUACAACUGGAGUGUGCGGAGUAACUGUUAUUAUUUAUUUAUAUAGCACAUUUAAUUGCAACGUUGUUGCCCAAAGUGCUUCACAGUUACAUUAAAACAUACAUUUAUAAAAACAUUAGCAGGUGUACAAAAGGCCCUGUCUAUGACAUCACUUGCUGCUCCACCCUGGCACAGGUCAGAGUAUUUUGGCAGUUGCUAUUUUCAAACGGUCGUAUUUUAAAAACUAUAAAUCCUACAGCGAAGAGCUUUAUAUUGUGAGAAUUACGAGACCCAGACCUACAUUUUGAUGCACAGUACGUCUCUGAAAUAUUAUAAAUGAAGGCACAGUCGCAGUUUAGAAAUUGCCCUUCAAAUUUGAGCUGGCUAGUGUGGAGUUUCAAUGAAUGUCAAUGGACGGCGUGAGUUGCAAACAAAUGGUCAUAUUGUGAAAAACUAUCAGGAUUAUGGCUUAGCUGUGGACAUGUUUAGUGGCAGCAGGGAUAGCUGAACGUUUUGAUAUAAGAUUUGUGUAGGUGGGCUUGAAAAUGAGGGAGUGGUGGCAGUUUAGAAAUCAUGUCCUGAUUUUUCAGCUUUUGCCAGCUCCCACUCUAGUUUUGAACAUUUUGCCAUUCAUUCCUAUGGGACCAAUUUCGCCACAAGAACGAUAUUCCGUGAACCAUUCGUCGAAACGUUCCACAAAGUAAUAGCAAUCCGAUUGGGAACAAUCCGCACGUUUCGGUAUACUACUGUCUAUGUAGUGUAAAAACUGUGUAGGAGUUAGGGUGGUAAAUUUGGCUAUAAUAAGAAUAAUAUAUAUGUGAGAUAACAUUAAGUGGUCUUGCUAUGCAAGAACACAAUAAAAAAAAAAGGUGUGUGUGUGUGUGUGUGUGUGUGUGUGUAUAUAUAUAUAUAUAUAUAUAUAUAUAUAUAUAUAUAUAUAUAUAUAUAUAUAUAUAUAUAUAUAUAUAUAUAUAUAUAUAUAUUAUUUAUGGUCACUGUUACACCACUUUUAAAUCUUUCUCUGUGGGUUGAAUUUAAUUGUUUCUAUUUUUUCCUGUAGGAAAUUGUGAAUAUCUACCCAUCAAUAAACCCACCUACUCUGACCGCACAUCAGUCUAACAGAGUCUGCAAUGCAUUGGCUUUACUGCAGUGUGUUGCAUCACAUCCUGAAACCAGGUAUUUAUUUUCUUCAUCCUAUUUCUAUCGUGUUUGUCUUUUAUUGCAGUAGAUGCUAUUGUGUAUAGAGCAUGGGUGUCAAACAUGCGGCCCCCCAGAUGUUGCUGAACUACAACUCCCAUGAUUCCCUGGCUAUCUGUUUCAUUGAAAGAAUCAUGGGAGUUGUAGUUCAGCAACAUCUGGGGGGCCGCAUGUUUGACAACCCUGGUAUAGAGCAACAAUUGUGGACCUUUCAAACUGCAGCUGGGACUAUAUUAUUCCUGGUCAGCCAUUAAUCUGUAUUGUUUUGAUUUAAGCUUUUUUUUUUUUUUUUACUGUUAAAGUAUAGUUUGUACUGUGAGAGGUACCUGACUGCUUUCUAUUGUCAAUCAAUUACCUUUCAGGUCUGCGUUUCUCGCUGCCCACAUUCCUCUGUUCCUCUAUCCCUUCUUGCACACUGUUAGCAAGACUCGACCGUUUGAAUACCUACGACUUACCAGCCUUGGAGUAAUUGGUAAGCUGUGAUCAAUAGUAUCUAUAAAAUGCUUCAGUUCUUAUAUACAAUUAGGAGUAUCAAUCCCCUUACACUUUUCAUUGGUUGGUUUCCCAUUGUAAAUGAUACACCAUUGUGUUUUAUAUAUAUUUAUGUAUGUACACACCCCUCACAAGUUAGUCAAAGUUAGAAAAGGUUUUUUUUUUUUUUACCUUUUCAUCAUUUUAUAAAAAAUGAUGAAAAACAGAAAUUUUUACUCACCAUAAAUUAUUUUUUUUUCUUAAUAUGGUGACAGUACCUAUGGAUUGUGCUUCCUAAUUGGGACAAGCAUCUGCAAGAUAGGUGAUUAAGAAAAGUCCCUCCCCUUUACCCUAUAAAUGGCUUUCCUGGCAAACCCACCUCAGUUGUUGCAAGAAUAUACACCUAAGCCACACACUGUAAGCAAAAUUGUAAUUUAAUGGGAGGGAGAUUUGUACUGCCACCAUAUUAAGAAAAAAAAUUAUUUACGUAGAGUAAAAAUUUCAGUUUUUUCUGACAUAUGGUGGCAUUACGUAUGGGAUAUAGCAAGAUUUCCAAUUGGGCUGGCCUUAUGCCUAAAUAUCUUGAAGUACCUAAGCCCUAAUGCGAUUUUAGAGGCCGAGAGUACAUCUAGCCUGAAAAUGCCUGACGUUUUUAUAAGGUGCUAAAAGCUGACCAAGAAGCAGCCAUGCUGAUUUCUUCAGGUGAAGCAAGAGUUUUUCUCUGCCCACGAAGUGGCCAUUGCCUUUUGUGGAAUGCGCUGUGAAAGAUGCUGGCGAAUCGAUACUACUAAAGCAUAGGCCAUUAUGAUAGACGAAAUAACGAAAAAUAGAAUUACGAGAGGUUUUAUUCCCCUUAAAACUUUCCUAGAAAUUGACCACAUGUAAUCGGAUCUUCUGAAUUCGGCUGAUAUUGAUAGGUAAACUCUAGAAUAUGCCAUCUAGUUCCAGCGGGGAGGUGGCAUAAUUAUAGAAGGAUGAGCUAAUUAACGGCUCUAAAAGAAAACUCUGGAAGAAUUGAAGUUUUAGGAUGAAACACAACCUUUCAAAAAAAUUAAGAAGAUAUAUCCUGAAGCUCAGUUUCUCUCUUGGCAGAGGUAAUGGCUACUAAAAAUGCUGGUUAAGCUUUAGCAUAUUAAAAGGAACCACCUCCAAAGUAAAAGGGGACCUGAAAGACUGAAGAAAGAUCCCAGGAGGGAAACAGAACUUCUUGUGUGGCCUAAGAAGCCUAUUGCUUUAAUGGAACUUGUAACCAGCAUAUACAAAGACCAAUCCCUUCUCAGAAAGAACUCAAGAAAUACAAUUUGGUCUUAAAGGGACUCUCCAGUGCCAGGAAAACAAACCGUUUUCCUGGCACUGGAGGUCCCUUCUCCCUCCCACCACCCAUCCCAAGUUGCUGAAGGGGUUAAAACCCCUUCAGUGUCUUACCUGUAUCCAGCGCCGAUGUUCCUUGGCGCUGGGUCAGGCUCCGCCUACGCUCCUCCACGCGCAUUCGACUUCCCCAUAGGAAAGCAUUUAGUAAUGCUUUCAUUGCUUUCCUAUGGGGAUUUCGGCGACGCUGGAGGACGUCCAGCUUCGUUAUAACACACUUUUCGUGUUCUAUGAAGACGGAAGUGUCCUCUAGUGGCUGUCUAGUAGACACUAGAGGAGGACCUAACCCUGCAAGGUAAUUAUUGCAGUUUAUGAAAACUGGUAGUGGGAGUUGGCACCCAGACCACUCCAAUGGGCAGAAGUGGUCUGGGUGCCUGGAGUGUCUCUUUAACGUGGAAACGCCCAACCUGUAAAAAAAAUCUCCUGCAGGAAGUGUAAAUUUGAACCAACCGGACAACGGAACUAGAAGACAAUGACGUUCCUUACAACAAUGUGUACACACUACCCAAAUCCUCAUGUAAAAGUUAGAGGCGGAACGACUAGAAGAUUAUACGCAACAAGUGGACUCUGACAUAUGAAGACUCAGGAGAUGGAUGCAAAAUCCUAUUUAACACUUACAGUAGGAUAUCCUGUCUUCCAAAAGUGUUUUCGAUAUCGGAAGAUCCCCAAACUUGAAAGUCAUCUCCACCAAGGCCAAAAACUGGCUUGUGUUUCACCAGUACGGAAAGAUUGGCAGAGCCACUGCUGUGUCUGUUCACCUCUUUUAUGAAGACGUUAUGAACAGUCAAUAGGAGAAAAUGUAAGCCCGGAAAAAUACCCUUAGAAAGAUAGACCAACUAUUCCACGUGAACUAUCUGUCCUGUACAGUGAGGCAAACAUGAGAAUCUUCUUGUUCUCCCUCUUUGCCAUAAGGUCUAUCCUGGGCACUCCAAAUCUCUCUGUAGACCGUGAACAUGAUCGGAUCUAUCGACCCUUACUCUUGAUCCUAAUUUCUUGUGCUGAGGUUAUAGGUGAUGACAUUGUCAACACAUCAUGAGUGGAAUGGAGAGAGGACCUCCCAGAGAUCCUGAACCCAGUACACCGUUUUGGUACAUAGCUGAAACAGAGCUUGCCUCUGGCACCGCUCUGUCUGUUGAAGUGAGGGCAACCGCGUCGUGGUCUGACCGCAUUGUAAUAGGUCCCUCAAUCAACCAAGAUCUGAAUUGGUGAGGAGAAUGAAGAACUGCCUUAAGAGCUCUGAAACUGGACUAUUUUUCUUAGGACCAAGAACACUGGCACAUUAGAGAAUUUAGACAAGCAACCCAGCCUGUGUUAGAUGCAUUCUGUGAAGAAAAUUACCCCUUCUAUCUGCUUUUUUUCGAAGAGAGUCUAGGAGACAGAAAUCCAAGAUUUCCACACUUUGAUCCAGAGGAGAGAAUUUUCCACGGUAGCGGCCAAAUCCAGAUUUUGACCAGUUGACCGCAGGUAUUGAAGAUGUCAGACAUCUCAGCAAUCUCAUUUCCUGUCCUUAUGGAGGAAUCUUCGCUUUAUUAGUGAUUGGACCUUUCCUUUAUGAGUGCAGUAGAUGCAGAGAUAAUGUUUUAAGGUUAACAUGAACCUCAAAAAACUCUGUUCCCUGGAGAAGAAGAAAAUACAGUAUCGUCUCCAUAUCCAACAGUGUUGCUGUAGAGUUCUGCUAGCUACCUGAACAUACUUAAAGGGCAACCAUCCCGAUUAGCAAUAAGUAGCCAAACUCCCAAGUAGGGAUUGCCUCGUUCCCUAAAAUAUGGUGUUAUGGGAGUGUUUUGAAGAGCAAUGACAUCUGUUCAAUCCACUUAUUAUGGCAUUUUUUUUAAAGAAAACUUCUUGAGGGGCCGCAAUAGGGAUUUGAGGAAAUAUAUCUCUGUGAUCUAUAUAUUUACCAUGAAAUUCCUUUCUGCAGAAUCCGUUACAGAAGUUUCGAUUCUGAACCUCAGGAGAGGAACCAAUUAAUUUAAAUUCAUAACUGGUUUAAAGGAAUGUUUAGAGUUUGAUAACCAGGAGAUACCUGAGGAACCUCACGAACUUCAUGAUUCACAGAACCAUAUCUCAAACUCCUUGAAUCCAACAGAAACACUGUUUCUGUAACUAGAGUAUCAAAUGUUUGUAAGAUUAUGGAUUGGGUAGAUUUGAAAAGAGUAAACGGUGCCCUCUUUAACUAGAUCAAGAAUCCAGUGAUUGCAAGUAGGUUCUACUAAAAAGCCAGGCAAGAAACCUUCAGAUAUAUACUGGUUCCCAAAUGCAUCCUGGGAAUGUUAAGUGACCCCAUUGAAUGGUACUCCAGUCAUCUACUUCAAAGAGAUGAAGGGCUGAGUCAGCCCUUCAGGGGAAAUGAACCUGUGAACCCCAAGGGUUGAACAAGGUCUAAACCCACUGAGCUAUCCACACUUCGUAUAGAAAUGCAGGAUUACGCCUCCAAGCUUCUAGGCGUCUGAAACGCCUACCCGUGUCGGACCUAGUUCUACUUGUCUUUGAGGCAGAGCUUUUUUGACAAAGGCUAUAAAAGAUACCCCUUUUCCUAAUGGAAGUAAACGGGGGACCGAAAAGGACGCUGAUCUGCCAUCCAAGCUUAAGCCACCAAGAUAUAAGUGAAACAUCAGAUCAACCCAUGAUCUUGGCUGUCAUUGUCAAAUCCAUGUAAAGUAUGUGAUAAUCACAAGUAAAACAGGAAACUGAUGAGCUGCUUAUCAGGAGACUUAAAUAACCUCCAUUAACAAUUGUAAACAAAGUAAGUUUUGGACACCGCUGCACCUGCCAGCAAAGACCCAUACCAGUCUGGAAAGAUUGUCUGCAAGAGGUCUCAGCCUUCUUGACGACAGGGUUUUGAAAGCAGCUCCCUCUGCAGAAUUUUAUGGAAUCCCAGUGUACCUGGGGGUGUAACAGUCACCCAUUUGAUGGUAAACGUCGGACAAGAAAGGCUCGUUACAGUGUUUCCAUUUCUGCAUAGAAGAAAGACAUGGGGUUUGAGGAACUGUUAACCCUCAUUAAAGUUUAGCAGAUUUAUCCUGCCCCAUGACCGAUUCAUUCCUAAUGAAUCUUCUCCGUACAUCAGGUGGGAACCAACUCCACACAGUUGGUAUGAUGAACCAGACGUCUUCAGAAGAGGUAAAUAAACAUUCGUCAGACAUUAGAAGUAAUCGAAGGACGCUUCUCUUCUGUCUCUGCGGAUCAUCUCAGGCAGAGCAGCUGAUACACUUUUUGAUUAUCUAUAAGAUUCAAAGAUAGGAAUGAUUGCAUAUUCUCUGCUUAAUUUUACCUAAGAAAUUGCAGCACCCUGGUCAUUUUUAUAAACCCCAGAACCAUAUUAAGAGGAGUAGCACAGAUACAAUAAGCUAAAGCUGUGUAUAGCAGAGGCAUUCCACGGUAUACAAACAGUCCAUCUUGCACAUACAGUCCACUUUCUGCAAAACCAUUCCAUCCAUAACUUGCAAUUUUAAUCAGAACAGAUUUUCAAAGCAAAGAUCAGCCAAUCUUACCUUGAAAACCUCUGAGCCGUGUGGGGGGUUGGUGACACGGGGAACCCUUCUGACAAGCUUCCUGCUGCCAGAGGGAACAGCACAGCGAUACACACUUGGCGGUUUCCCGAAAGUUCCAGUUCCUGCAUGCGCAAUAGCUCAACCGGAACUUAGGUGGAACGCAACACCUCUGCAUUAAUGAAGGCGUCCUCUGGCCCGCCCAUACUCUCCAAGCUGGAACAUACUCUGCACAGAGUUAAAUAGAAAGGGCUCCGGAACCUCCACGGACGGAGCCAUACUACUCAGCCUACCACCCGGGCGGCUAUCGGGCUUCCUCCCCCAGACCGCAACCUGUGUGCCUCACCUUCAACAGAACUUUGAUCUGUCCCAUGCUGGGAAUAGAAAGAAAAAGGGAAUAGGAACAGGGGUAUAAAGUUGGGUUGCUUGUCCAGAGGACAAUGCACUCUUCAAACUACUUACGGACUUACAUUCAGAACAGAACAUAUCAGAUUCAUUGACCAAUUUUAAACCUCCGAGUUGGUUUACUCCCAACUUGAAGGAGUUUCCAUGUAUUGAUUUAUUUGUACAGAUUUGCACUAACGAAUUAGAGAAUCAAACUCCUUCAUUAUCCCAAUUCUCUAAUCUCAAAGGAGAAGAGACAGGCUCUACAAGAACUUAAAUUAGCAACAGAUGUUGUUUUAAAAUCAUCAGACAAAGGAGGGAACAUUGUCCUCAUGCAAAGAGACCAAUAUGUCAAUAUGUGCAUGCAACAUCUUACGGAUAAAAUGGCCUACCAGGUAUUGAAGGAUGACCCCACUAAAAAGUUCCUGGUGGAACUGCAAUCUUUAGCACAAAAAGCUUGUACUGACAACGUUAUUACCCAAAACGAGUUUAGAUUUAUUGUCUCUCAGUCAAACAUCACCAUUGCCACCUUUUUACUGUCUCCCGAAAAUACAUAAAGACCUUCAGAACCCCCCGGGUAGGCCAAUCGUUUUGGGGAAUCACUGCCUAACAGAGAGGGCAAGCCAAUUCUUGGACAAGUUGUUACAGCCCCUGGUGACAGGAUUAAAAUCACAUAUACGGGACACUAAACAGACACUCUUAGUUUUGGAACACCUUACGGUGCCCCCAUACACAUCCCUGGCGAGUUUGGAUGUAGUGGCGUUGUACAACAACAUUCCACAUGAUAAGGGUUUAGCAGCAGUAGCCUAUUUUUUGGAAAAAGCAAAAACAUUCAAUGCACAUGAACAGGAGUUCAUUUUGCUCCUGUUACAAUUUGUACUUACACACAAUUACUUUACAUUCAACGGGAAAUAUUAUUUACAACUACGGGGUACUGCCAUGGGUUCGUCUUGUGCACCCAGUUACGCUAAUCUUUUCUUGGGUUGGUGGGAAGAAACAAUUGUGUUUACCAAUACCUGUGCUAUGUACACUUCGUCAAUUUUCAAAUGGUUUCGUUACAUUGACGAUGUGUUAAUAUUUUGGUUACGCUCUUUUUCACUAUUUAAAGACCUGGUAGACGCUUUAAAUAUCAACCAAAUAAACCUUAAACUUACUCACGUUAUACAUGAGAGUCACCUAGUCUUUCUGGAUCUCACAAUAGCUCUGGCAGAGGAUGGAUCAAUAGCCACCUCAUUAUAUAGAAAACCCACCGCUACGAACAGUCUAUUACAUUGGGACAGUUUCCAUCCAUUUCAUGUUAAGGCCAAUAUACCAUACGGCCAAUAUCUUAGGGCAAAAAGAAAUUGUUCCAACCCAGAAGACUAUGAAAAAGAAGCAAAAACUCUCAGACAGAGAUUCAUAAACCUAGGGUAUCCGAACCGUAUUCUCAAAAAAGCCUACCAAAGAACCAAAACUGUAAAUAGGUCCGAUAGCCUACACAAACCCCCCAAGAUUAUUCAAUCUACUGCUGGGGUCACCAGACUUAUAGGGACCUAUGAUAAAAAUUGGAAUAACACCUUACAGGUGUUUAAUCGCAACUGGCCACUACUCCAAUAUGAUACAUGCCUCAAGAAUACCAUUACCAACAAACCUUCCUUAACGUACCGAAAAGCUAAUAACCUUGCAGACUUACUAACCCAAAGUCAUUUGAAACCACUACCAACUAAGCCAACUUGGCUUCAGACGAAAGGUCUUUUCAGAUGUGGGCAUUGUAAGGCCUGCAAUUUCAUUUUACCAUCCAAAAAAGUACGAAAUCAAAAAACCGCGAAAGAUAUUGAGGUGAACUCCUUUAUUAACUGUGGAUCCACCAAUGUUAUUUACAUCAUCACAUGUGAAUGUGAACUACAGUACAUUGGUAAGACCUAUCAACAAUUACGUCGACGUGUCUUGCAACAUAUCAAUUCAAUUUUAAAUCCACAUAUGGAUACUCCCAUAGCGAGACACGUACGUCUAAAUCAUGAUUCCAGACCUACUGUACUUAAAUUCCAAGUAAUUCAAAAGGUCUUCCAAAACCACAGGAAAGGCGAUAGUAACAUUGCACUACUGAAAGCUGAAUCCUGCUGGAUUUACUUGUUCCAAACGUUAUACCCCAAGGGACUGAAUGAGGAGUUCAAUUUUACUCCAUUCAUUCACAAAUAGAUCCCUAAUGAUACAGUUAUUUACAUCAAUUGGGGUUUGGAUCUAGUCUUCAAUUAAGCUCUAUUUCUUUCCUCUCUCCCUUUACAAGUGGAAUAUCAUACCACUCUCCAAACAUCCACACUUUGUUUUGUUUUUUUACAACAAUUUUUUCUGUUAUGCUCUUUUGAAAUACAAUUGACUUGUCUGUUUUUAGCUAUAAUAAUUUUUUCCUUUGGAGAAGGACCUAUCCCUUUAAGCAUGUGUUCAGUAUCUAUUGAAAUUAUCACUGGAAAUCCCUUUAUAUGACUCAAUGUUACUGUAUAUCAUUCUUUUAUCAUUUGUCUAUGGUUUAUGCAAUGGCUUAAUUGUCUCCAUAGUUGUUCCUUUUUAACAUCAUAUGUAUACUUUCCACCCACAAAUCUGUGAAGCACGGAUGUACUCCUCGAUGUAUUCCACUUCAUUUAUUAUUUUCAUACUAUUUCUCUUGGAUUUCGUAUCAAUAUAGAUAUCCAAUUACUAUAUUUGCAAUCCGUGCCGGUUUCCCCAUUGACUAGGGGGCAACCGGCUUCGGCACUUGACUCCACCCCCUCGUUUGUGAUUGGUUGAAUGUAGACCAAUCAUUGGGGAGGGCGGGCUUUUUAAAUGACUGCCGGCGUCUAACUCGGUUCCCUUGGAAGAGCCAGUGUGGCGAAAUGCGCGUCGGGAUUAGUUUAGUGAGCGGGUGGUUCGAGUCAGACUAGGGACAAUGCUGCAGCUAUCAGUAUAAUUUGUGUGUGAUGCUCCGGGCAUACCACCCUCUCCCUAUCACUAGUAUUGAGACUAUACUAUUAAUUUGGCGAUCCUCCAAUAGAGGUUACUUUGUCGCACGUAGCAAGGAGCUUAACGCUCGAGAUCAUUGAGGGAAAGGAGUAGCAAGAUUAGGUUGUAUAACAGUGAGAUAGAUUCUAGCAUUUCUUUCACCAUAGAUACUUUUGGAUUCAGGUUGACCCACCAGGAAUCUUUUCUCUCUGUGCUACUAUUUACCUCUUAGCUCUCUUUCUCUCUUUUUAUUUGAUUUAUCCAUUUAUUAUUUUUUCACUUAGCACUUAGUUAUUGAUUUUAGAAGGAAUCCUAUUAAAAGUUAAGUUUUAUAUCAAUUUCUUUUGGGUUGCUUUGCAUAUGUAGGGAACCUUUGGGACUGACUGAUUUAACACUUAGGUGUCUCUACAUUUUUUUUGCUUUCUUCUUUUUUCUCAUCAUGCUGGGAAUAGGAAGAACUGAGUAGGGUUUGCUGGGGAAGCCCUUUAUAUGGUAAAGGGGAGGGACUUUUCUUAAUCCCCUAUCUUGCAGAUGCUUGUCCCAAUUAGGAAGCACAAUCCAUAUGUCAGAAAAAUAAUGGUAUCUUUAGAAAGAACAUGUAAUGGCGAGAAAAACUGUAUACAAUAUGUGUGGGUACAACAAAAAAUGAGUAAGUGAAAAAUUACAUCUAAACACAAACACCGCAGAAAUGUAUAAACAGCCCUGGUCCUUAACGGUAAGAAAAUUGAAAAACAGUCUGGUCACUAAGGGAAUUCAUUAAUCAAACUUUAUUGUUGCUAUAGUAUUCUCUUUAUCUAUUCUUAUUUGAGCCAAUCAUUAGGCGAAAAUGGAACUCAUAGAAGUGUCUCUCCAGAGCAGUGAUGGAUAACUGUUGUACUGCAGAUUUGCACGAAGUACUAGAUGCUCUGCCAACCUGGUCCUCAUCAAGCUAGUGGGGAUUUAGUCUAAACUGAAAAACAAUCAACACAAGUAAUUUACACACAGAGACAGGAGUUGAAGAAGACCCUGCCCAAACCAGCUUACAGAGUUGUACUUAUGUGUUUUUUUUUUUUUAAUAGGAGCACUUGUCAAGACAGAUGAACAAGAAGUUAUUAAUUUCCUCCUAACCACAGAAAUAAUCCCGCUGUGCCUGCGUAUUAUGGAGUCUGGUAGCGAGCUCUCCAAAACAGUAUGUUUUGUUUAGUUUUUUUGCUUUUUCAUUUUCCUAAUUUGCUCUUAAUUGUCGCUUUCCUUUAAUUAGCUGGUUCAUGUUUUUAUUUCUUCCUAUCUUUGCUGCUGUGCGGCUUCCUGUCUCUCUCCUGUCUAGUGUAGAGUUUCUUAAUAUUGUAAGGUACAUGCCUUAUCAGCAGUAGUGUCUAAUUACUGGUAAGUUUGCCAAUUCUUCUAAAGCACAUUUUUUAUAUUUCUACAGGUUAAUCCUCUGUAGCUGAAUUUUUAAAUGUUAGAAAUAUUUGAUUAUGUGAGCAAGUACAAUUUUUUUUGUAUUUUUUUUAAUGCACAUUUUAUGCACAUUACUCUCAGAUAUCUUUUGCUUGUCACUUGUUUUCUAAUUGCACAUGACUAACGCUUCUCCUUCUGUCUGUCUGUGGUAGGUUGCUACGUUCAUCCUCCAGAAGAUUUUGCUGGAUGAUACAGGUUUGGCGUAUAUCUGUCAGACCUAUGAAAGGUUUUCUCAUGUUGCUAUGAUUUUGGUAAGACUUUACUUUUGUUUUGGUUAAACUAGUAGAUGAAAAUAGAUUCUACUAUGGUUUGUCUGAUGCUUGCAUUACGUCAUAAUGUCUUUAUCACAAAUUAGAAAAUUGUUUGGAAUUGAAAGUGGAAUUUAAAUGUACGUUCCAUAUACCUGAACUGGAAACCUAUGGGAAGGGCUAAGUUUAAACAUGCCAAAAGAAAUAAUAAUAAUAAUAAUAAUAGUGGCAGAUCUGCUUUAAGUGAGGGUCAGACAAAUGUGUUGCACUUCGGUUACCUAGAUUGAAGUGUAUAUCCAAGCAGAGUGGUGUUGCCCAUUUUUAACAUGCUUCCUCAGUCAGGGUUUAUAAGGGUGUACAAUAUGCUGUGUGUUGCAGUGGGGUUGUCCAGCCGUGUCCCUUCUUUUUAUCCUUUUCUUUGUGUUCUUUCUUGAUUCUUAUUUUUUUUUUUUUUUUCUCCUGUAUGUUAUGGUUGGAUAUGCCUAGUAGGUACACUAGGUCGGAACACUGGGGCAAUAGGCAAUAUUUUUAAUCCCAUGAUUGUUUGCUUGUCCUAGAAUUAAAAAGAUAACUAAGAUGUUCAGAUAUGACUAUCCAUCAGAUACUGGUAGUGAAUAAAUCCAACAGCCUUUCUAACUUUUUGUCACUUAGGGUAAAAUGGUGCUGCAGCUUUCUAAGGAGCCAUCCGCCAGGCUACUGAAACAUGUUGUCCGUUGUUACCUUCGCCUGUCUGACAACCCAAGGUAACAGAAAUGUUUGGUUGUGUGAGUGUGUGUGUGUAUGUAUAUGUGUGUAUAUAUAUGUGUGUGUAUAUAUAUGUAUAUAAUCUCUUGUGUUCACAUUAGGGUGACUGUUGGUGUGAGUGUUAGGGCUCUUUUUGUCUGGUCUUGUCUGAAACUAGUUGCCGACAGUUGCCAUUAUUCAUUUAGAGCCUCCAUUAAGUGUAACUUCAGUUAAUCUCUAGCUGACCAUGAUACGUAUGUCCUUGUCCUGCUGCUACCUGAGAUUGCGUCACCUUAAAAAUUCAGUUGUCCUCAAACUGUGCACUGCUUGGACUACUUGGUUGGAUUGCAUGACCAUCCAAUACAGGGAAAAUAUAAUCAGGGAAAUGGGAGAAGUCACUGACUUUGUUUUAAAUUCUAUUAUUUCUUGUGGUUAAAGUAGGGGUGCACAACCUCUGUGCUGGAAUGGCCAAAUAUCAAACAUGACCUACUAUCGAUCUCAAAGAGCUGACUGGGAGAUUGCAAAUAAGAGUGUCAGCUCUAGAUCUGACAAGUGGCAUGCUAUAGGUUUUACCACAGACUCCCGGAUUGUGGAUGCAUGUUGAGAUGUUAGAGUGAAGUUGCAGUUCCCUCUGGAGGGGAUGGGAUAUGUCUUUUUGUGCCUCUCAAUGGCUCACACAGGAACAGGUAAUGGAAGUUUACCUUCAGAGAUUGUGCAGUGAAAAUGAGUGCUCCCUGCCAUGCUGCAGGACAGAAAGUACCAAGGUAAUGCAAAGGAAACAAGGCGGGCACACUCGACUAAACAACAAAAUAGCCCCAGGAAAAGGCUAAUAUAAUAAAUACUGGGUGCUCACCCACAUAAGGCUCUAUUCCCUAAAGAACCCAAACUAUAUAACAGUGUGAAUAGAGUAAGGAGCACAACCAUAAAUCUUUAUAUAUAUAUAUAUAUAUAUAUAUAUAUAUAUAUAUAUAUAUAUAUAUAUAUAUAUAUAUAUAUAUAUAUAUAUAUAUAUAUAUAUAUAAAAAUCUUUAUUAAAUGGGUAUAUACUAUAGGACUGUCUCUUUAAAUAUUAUCCACAGAGGUACAAAGUCAUGCUAUUCAAAAGCAUUUACCAGAAAAGCAAUGAUAUAGGCAAAUAUAAACGCUCAACGCGUAAUAAAUGAAUGAAAGAAAUAUCAUGCAAACAGUCCACUAUAAUACUAGUAUAAAGAAAACCCAGACAUAUAAAAAAAUGCAGCAAACCAUACCAAAUUCAGUGAGAAGUAGGGACAGAGUCAAUCAAAAAAAAAACAACGUUUCGUCUGAAAAGCCUUUGUCAAGGGAGCAUGCUGACAAAGGCUUUUCAGCCGAAACGUUGUUUUUUUUUUUUGAUUGACUCUGUCCCUACUAAAAUAAAAAAAAGAAUUAAACAUGUUUAAAAUAAAAUAUAUUUAUAAACAUAUAUAAUAUAAAUUCAUAUUAUAUAUAUUUAUAUGUAACGUCAUACAUAGUGUAUUUUAAUAUUAAUAUAAGUACACAUAUUAGUAUUACACUUAGAAUGAUGUUUCUCAUAUAUAAUAUAGGUAUAUAAUAGAUAUAUACACAUAUAUUAUAUAUAUGUAUAUAUGUAUAAUUACAAUAAUAAAGAAAAUAAUAAAAUUAAAUAAAAUAUUGAAACAAAUUUUUUUAUAAAUUAUAUAUUCAUAUGUAAUUUCAUUUUAACUGUAUUUUGUUAUUAAUAUAUACAUAUUUAUUGUUAACAAAAUACACUUAGAAUGACAUUCUAUAUAUAUAUCUAUAUAUGUAUUGUAGGCUGAAUAAACUGGUUACAUCUUUUUGCCCUCUUUUAUUUCAGGCCUUCUACCUCGUCAGUUACGGCACACCACAACUGACUUGUUCCAUGCACUGUUUGUUUUAUGUUACUAAUUCUACGGCUUUAUGCCCUGACCACAAAUGGAAGGCAGGGCCUGAAGUUGUGGGAGGGGCUUGGUUCCCCUUCUUUAGGAGCACCAGCACUUCCCUCAGUACUGUCUUAGGUCUGGUGAUUUCUCCCACCCACCACACCUCCUUUUAUAAUUAGUUCAUAAGGUAGGCCCUCUUUUAUUUCAGGCCUACUACCUCGUCAGUUACGGCACACCACAACUGACCUGUUCCAUGCACUGUUUGUUUUAUGUUACUAAUUCUAUGGCUUUAUGCCCUGACCACAAAUAAAUAAAUAUAUAUAUCUCUGUGUGUGUGUGUGUGUAUGUAUAUAUAUAUUUACAUUAGUAUACACGUAGAAUUUAAAUACCUAUAAAUGCAUAUAUAUUAAAAUUCUACGUGUAUAUUUAAGUAAUCUUUUAACAUAAUUAUGUGAUUUGAUUAAUUAAAAUUUGAUUGACAUGCCUGACAACACAGGGAGAAAGUGCAGAGAAUUUAAUUCGCAAGCACUAGAUUUGAUCCUGUAACUCUCCAAGACACCAUAAAACCUGUACAUAGCGAGUACUGUUUUACUCAGGAGACUUUGCUGAACUCAAAUAUUAGUGUUUCAAACUGGUAAAUUGUAUUACAACGAUGAUAUUUUAAGUAAAAGUUACGUUUUUUGCAUUUUUUAAAAACGAACGGUACUUUUAUGGACUAUAUUAUUGUUGUAAUAUGUUUUACUGUUUUAAAACACUAAUAUUUGUGUUUAGUGAAGUCUCCCGAGAAUAACAGUAACCCCUAUGUACAGGUUUUAUGGUGUUUUGGAAAGUUAGAGAGUCACAUGUAGAGCUUGCAUUUCAUUUUUUUGACAUUGAAAUUUGCCAGAUUGGUUAUGUUGCCUUUAAGAGCGUAUGGUAGCCCAGGAAUAAGAAUUACCCCCAGGAUGGCAUACCAUUUGCAAAAGUAGACAACCCCAAGGUAUUGCAAAUGGGGUAUGUCCAGUCUUUCUUAGUAGCCACUUAGUCACAAACACUACCAAAUAUUAGUGUUUUUUUUUACUUUUUUUCACACAAAAACAAAUAUGAACGCUAACUUUGGCCAGUGUUUGUGACUAAGUGGCUACUAAAAAAGACUAAACAUACCCCACUUUCAAUACCUUGGGUUGUCUACUUUUUCAAAUGGUAUGCCAUUAUGGGGGUAAUUCUCAUUCCUGGGCUACCACACCUGUCUCAAAGGUAACAUUACUAAUCUGGCAAAUUUCAAUUUGAAAAUGGAACGUUCUAUAUUUGACCUGUAACUUUCCAAAACACCAUAAAACCUGUUAAUGGGGGUACUGUUGUGCUCGUGAGACAUCGCUGAUUACAAAUAUGUGCAUUUUUGCAGUAAAACCUAACAGUAUUAUGACAUUCACAGCUAAAAUGUCAGAUGGAAAUACAAAUUUAAAAAAAAAUCUUAUUUUCUCACAUUUUUUUUUAAAUUUUAUUCAUAAUAAAUUAUGUUCCAUAUAUGAAUAGUUAAUGAUAAAUGAAAGCCCUGUUUCUCCUGAACAAAAUGAUAUAUAAUAAGUGUGGGUGCACCUAAUGUGACAGCGGUAAAUUACAGUUUUUGUUUACGUUUUGUUUUGAUCAGAACGUGCACUAUUGACUUCGUCACGAAGGGGUUAAACUGUGUAUUUAUAUAUGUGCAAUAUGCUUCUGGUUUAUUGGUCACUCUCACUCACAUGUUUUCUGUUCCAGAGCACGAGAGGCAUUGAGACAGUGCCUUCCCGACCAGUUAAAAGAUACCACGUUUGCCCAGGUACUGAAGGAUGAUACCACAACCAAACGCUGGCUGGCACAGCUGGUUAAGAACCUGCAGGAAGGUCAAGUCACUGACCCCAGAGGAAUACCUCUACCUCCUCAGUGACAUCCUGCCCGGGAUGGAGGAGAAUGACAGACGCAACUGUUCUUUCUAGACAGUGCAAGUGGGUGACACAAGGAGAGAACAUUUUGAGCUAAGAGAGAUUUCUGAUACUUGGUCCUUAAGCUCACUUGCUUUUUGGUGAUGAUGUUCUUGCAUGGAAUCAAGGAGUAAAUUACCAAAUGCCUGAGAAAGCGAGAGUACAGGUUUUUACACCAGCAAUCCAAAAAUCAGAACUGUAAGCGUAUUGUUUUCUUGUUGACCAAGACUCUGCUGCUUCAGUGUUUUUUGUAAUCCCUCCUGAAUGAUGUUGAGGAAACAGGUGUUGGGUUGUAGUCUUUGUCCAAUGGGCGACUUCUGGCUCCUGACGUUUACAAUAAAGCUAAAAUAGUCAGACCUUACCUGGAGCUGUUUUUGUAUUGUUGAUGGACUGGGCUUGAAACUAAUGAAUCACGUCAUUGUCUGCCUGCUAUUUGCUACAAUGUAUUCAUCCUCUUUUAUUUUGGCUGGAAUUUUUUUUACAUUUUAUUAAAUAGGGGAUGAAUGUGAAGCAAGUUAAAUUAUCCCUUUUUUUUUUUUUUUUAAACCACCAUGUGUUAAAAAUGGCCUAUAAUCGAAUGAAUAGGCUAAUCUGAUUCCAGGUUCUAAUAAGUUUGUCUCUUUCUUCAGGAUAUUGAAUAUAUAUACACAUAUAUAUUUCCUGAAUUAUGCAACCAACUAUAAUAUCACCAUGCUGCAGUUUCAUAGAUUAUUAAAAGCACUUAUUUGGGGAACCUUAUGUUCUUUAUUUUGGGUUUUUAUGAAAUAUACUUUUUGGGGGCGUCUAAAAUGUUUGAUCACUAUAGCCUAUCCCAUUUAGUGUUCUGCCCAUCUACUCACUGACUUUUCUGAUCUACAAAAUGUAAUAGGACUACUGCUGUACCGAUGUGAGCUUUAUUUUUUGGCAGGGCAUAUUUUAGUCUGUAGCAGCUGGAGGCCCAGAUAUUUUCUACCCUUAAAAUGCACUAGUAUGUGGAUUUAGAGGAAGGGUACAUCCUCAUGUUCUGCUGGCUCUUUGGUGUUCUAAUUUCUCAGUUUAAACUUGAGUUUUAAAAGUCUGGAAGUCUUGACUUGUACUUAACCUUGCCAUGUUGGGCCAAUCUCUCAAAUAAAAGAAUUGUUUAAGAUCAAUGUGUAAUCAUUUUGAGGAGAAGACCCUUCGUGUUCUCAACCUGUCAUUGAAUCCUUCUUGUCAUGCCUCAACCAAUUGCAACAUCUAUAUUAUACUUUCGUAUCAGUCUAUA